AUGGCGCAGCAGUCAUCUCAGACUUCGGUACCAGAAAAUCCAUUGGAUCCUGAGUUAUCCAGACCAAUUGUGCAUACUCCAGUAGGCAGCUAUCGGGGGCUUUGGGCCCAAGACGGGAAUUACUCCAUGUUCCUGGGUAUCCCGUAUGCGAGGGUGGAUCCGGACAAUGUUUUUGGUCCUCCUAUUCCACACAAAUUUGAAGGAAUGUUUGAUGCAGUGGACGAUACUGCAAGGUGUCCUCAAAUUGAAGAAUUAAAUAAAACAAUUACUGGGACACUGAACUGCCUUCACGUCAACAUUAACGUGCCGAGUAGUGCUAGUGUUGAUAAUCCCUUGCCUGUUAUGAUCCACAUAUUUGGGGGAAGAUUCGAAUUCGGAUUUGCAGGCAGAUACUUAUACGGACCACGCUUCUUAGUUAGGCAUGACAUAAUUCUCAUUACGUUUAACUAUCGCGUUGGCCCAUACGGUUUUUUUUGUCUAAAUACUUCCAAAGUACCAGGAAAUCAGGGUUUGAAAGAUCAAAUACAAGCACUGCGUUGGAUUAAAGAAAAUAUACGAUAUUUUGGCGGAGACGACUCCAAAAUCACUGUAGCAGGAAACAGUGCUGGUUCAAUAUCUGUGGAUUAUCAUCAGCACUUUCUAAAGGAACAGCUUUAUCAUAGAGUGAUUUUGCAAAGUGGCGUUGCAUUAUCUCAUGAUCUUAAUGAAGAUUCUGAGCCUGAUCGAGAUGCUCCUAUAAAAUUAGCAAAACAAUUGAAUUAUUCAACAAAUGAUAUUAAUGAUGCUCUAUCAUUUCUAAACAAAGUGGAGCCACUUGAACUUAUUGCUGCAACAAGGGAUUCUGGUGUUAUUGUUAAACCGUGUGUUGAAAAACAAUUCGAGAAUGCUAAUAACUAUAUAACGAAAUAUCCAGCUGAUUUGAACACAGUAUCUCGUAGAGAUGUCGAUGUCUUGGUUGGUAUUACUAACGACGAAAGCUAUGCGAUUUUAACUUUGGGCAUAGGAAAUGGUAGGUUUGAAUGUGAAGACUUCGUGUCUUUGGUUCUAGAAACUCAUUUUGAAUUCAAAAAUGAAAGUAAGCUCUCAAACGAAAUGAAAAAGAUUGUCCGGUUGUUUUACUAUGGUGAUGAUGUUCAAUGCGCAGAAAACAAGAGACCAGAUAUUAAUGUCCAUGCCGAUUUUGUAAUACAUAGUCCGAUACUAAGAACUGUUAGAAAAUGUUUGGAGAGUGGCGUGGACAAUAUCUACUUCUAUAUGUUUUCAUUUGCUGGUGAAAGGAAUUAUUACAAGGAUUACAUGAAUGUACCGUUUACAAUAGAUGGUGCUUUUCACGCAGAUGAGUUGGGAUAUUUAUAUGACAUAUCUUACAUGAAGGAGCGUUUGCGUGAUGAAGAUAUGCUGAUUGUAGACAGGAUGACCGAACUUUGGACUAAUUUUGUAAAAUAUGGAAAUCCAACACCGAAGCCGUCAAAGUUGAUUCCCCUGCAAUGGCCGCGCGUAUCCCAGGACAAGCUGCCAUAUAUGGAGAUAAACACUGAACUACGCCUAGGUUCAAGACCGAUGCACGAGAGGAUGAGCUUUCUAGACCUUCUGUACAAGGACAUCGGACGUUAUCAAAGGUGGAUGAGCAAGGACUGAACAAUGAAUCAGGGAAU